AUGGCUAGGACUGCUCUGACAGACGCCAACAAGCUCUCGACUGCUGCCAUCUUUGACGAACUCCGCGACACGAGGGUCAAGCAGGACCGCCAUGCGGAACGGGUGCUGGAGUUGGGACGAGUGCUCGAGCAACGGGGCGCUUUGAAGGGCGGGAAGGACCAGUCGUGGGACUCGAUGGAACAGGUCGUCCUCGCCGGGGUGGAAUGUGGACAGCUCGAGUUAGCAGAGAUCCUCUCGUACCGCCUCCUCACGCACUUCUCGUCGACACCACAUCGCGUCGCCUACCUUCGCGGCUUGCUGCUCGAGUGCAAGGGCAAUCUGGUUGGCGCACGGGAGCUGUACGAGCAGUGCUUGAACGACGACGAGACGGAUGUGAACUCUCGCAAACGCCUGAUCGCCCUCCACCUCUCUUCGCCUCUCUUCGAACUUCCGAGCGGCAAGGGCUCCGCAUCUUCACCAGCCCAACAAUCCUACCUUUCCGCCUCACUCUCCCGCCAAAAAGGCAUCUCCCUCCUCACGCAAUACCUCGACACCUACUAUGCCGAUCUUUCCGGCUGGCUCACCCUCUCGACACACUACGCCUCCCUCGCACUCUACCCUCAAGCCCUCACAGCCCUCAGCCACGCCGUCAUCCUCGCUCCGCACGAUCCCUGGGUCGCGCUCAAGUUCGCUGAGACGGCGUAUACGGCGGGUGAGGUACAUAUGGCGUGGAAGGAGUAUCUGCGGGUGAUCGAGAUGAGCACGGAAGAGGGCGACGAGGUGCCGCUGAAGGGCGCGGCGAGACGAGCUGCGAUGGGUGCGAAGCUGAAUGGUCGCGAGGUUCAGUGCAUUCCUCGACUCCGCUCUCUCGCCGCACCAGCAGAUCCGCUGCUCGCUCCCGCCAAACUCGACGAGAUCGAUCUCCUCCUCUCUCGCCUCCUGCUCGACGCGUACACGAAGACGGACGGAGCGGUCGGGUUGGGCAUCGUGCGGAGAUGGCUGGGCGGGACGGGCGAGGAAACGAAAUAG